GCUGUGUGUGUGUGUACAGGUGACGUCACCGCCGUGUGUGUGUACAGGUGACGUCACCGCCGUGUGUGUGUACAGGUGACGUCACGGCGCAACCAUGAUGGACGGAGUGGACGAUGACCCGGAGCUGGUGGCGGCAGCUCCGGCAGAUCAAGCAGAAGAUGAGGACUCCUCAGAUUCCCCGCUGCAGGUGGAGAUCUCCGAUGCGCUGAGCGAAAAAGAUAAAGUGAAGUUCACGGUGCAGACCACGACGUCUCUGCCGACGUUCAAGAAGGGGAAGCUGUCGGUGUCGCGGCAGCACGAGGAGUUCAUCUGGCUGCACGACUCGUACGUGGAGAACGAGGACUAUGGAGGCAUCGUCAUCCCACCGGCGCCUCCGCGGCCCGACUUCGACUCGUCCCGCGAGAAGCUGCAGCGUCUGGGCGAGGGCGAGGCCACCAUGACCAAGGAAGAGUUCUCCAAGAUGAAGCAGGAGCUGGAGGCAGAAUACUUGGCAAUCUUCAAGAAGACGGUGGCCAUGCACGAGGUGUUCCUCUGCCGUCUUGCUGCGCACCCCAUCCUGAGCCAAGACCGCAACUUCCACAUUUUCCUGGAGUAUGACCAAGAGCUCAGUGUGCGUGGCAAGAACACCAAAGAGAUCUUGGGAGGGUUCCUGAAGAGCAUGAUGAAGUCAGCUGAUGAAGUCCUGGUUUCCGGAGCAAAGGACUCGGAUGAGUUCUUUGAGCACGAGAAGAUUUUCCUGCUGGAGUAUCACAUGCGCGUGAAGGAGAGUGCACUCAAGGCCGACAAGAUGACGCGAGCACACAAAAAUGUCUCUGAAGAUUACAUUGGCAUCUCCACGUGGCUCUACAGCAUUGGGGAGCAGGAAUAUUCCAAGCUAAGCAGAUUUUUGCAGCUGUCGUCUGACGUGUUUGAGAAGUACCGCAAGCAGCAGGGCAGGGUGGCGUCAGACCAAGACCUCAAGCUCACCGAUCUCCUGCGAUACUACGUCCGGGAAACCCAGGCAGCCAAGGACCUGCUGUACCGGCGCGCGCGCUCGCUCGUGGACGCUGAGAACACCGGCAGGGCCCUGGACAAGGCGCGUGCCAAGGGCAAGGACGUGCAGCAGGCGGAGACGCAGCAGAAGGUCGCCAUGCACAAGUUCGACAGCCUCUCCACGUCGGCGCGACAGGAACUGAUGGACUUCAAGAUGAGGCGAGUGGCAGCGUUCCGCAAAAACCUCGUGGAGAUGGCCGAGCUGGAACUGAAGCACGCCAAGGCCAGUUUGCAGAUGCUGAACAACAGCCUGACAGCGCUUCAGAACUGUUAGGGGACCAAUGGAUGGAUGUACGCUUGAAGGCCACCAAGUAGUCACGAAUAUUUGUAUCUUCCGCACGAGUUGUGUGUCACAACAUGAGGGCACGUUGUACGUUUAUAAAUCCUGACAAGCAUCACUGAAAGGAGUGUUAAAAAAACUUUUGUUUACUGUAUUUUCCCUAUGUAAAUGCAAUAAAAUACAGAAAAAAAUCUUC